AUGGAAGCGACGCAAUUAAUACCGGCCCAGACCGUGCUCCAACAUGGCACCCCCCAUGACUGCUGGAUAGUCAUCGACGAUGAAGUCUGGGAUGUGACCAAGUUUGCACCUCAGCAUCCAGGCGGCGCAUCAGUCAUUGUCAAGUAUGCCGGUCGUGAUGCGACAGAAGCAUACUCCGAGAUUCACACUCGAUCUAUUGUACGCGAGCACCUGAGUCCGGACUUUUUCAAGGGAAACCUAGACAGAUCAACAAUCACUGAGGCAUGGACUCGAGCACAAGACAAGCCAGAGUCACCAAAAGCGCAGGCACCAGGAGAGACGGAAAAGAAAAUCCCCCUUCACAACAUCAUCAGUCUCUAUGACUUUGCGGAGUCUGUUGCCAGGACGGGUUCGACGAAGGCAUACGCGUUCUACUCGACGGCCGCGACAGACUGCUGCACACGAGACGCAAAUGAGCAGAUGAUCAAACGGAUCUGGUUUCGACCGCGGGUGAUGAAAAAUGUGGCGCAGGUAGACACGUCGACGAGUGUCAUGGGGAUUCCCAUGAAGAUGCCGCUGUUCAUAUGUCCCACCGGUCUGGCCAAGCUGAUUCACCCGGAUGGCGAGAAAGGGUUGGCACGCGCGGCGGAAUCAACUGGCAUCCUCGAAAUCGUCUCGUCUGCGUCGAGUCAUCCGCUCCGAGAUGUUGUCGCCGAAGCCCCGGGCUAUCCCUUCUUCUUCCAGCUGUACCUGAACAAGGACAAGUCAAAAUCUGCUGCGGCGCUCCGCCACGCCCAGGAGCUGGGCAUCCGCGCUGUCUUUCUCACGGUUGACGCUGCCGGACGUGGGAAGCGCGAGUCUGACGAGCGUCUCAAGGUCGACGAGGUCAUCGUCAACCCUAUCACCGGCGAAAGAGCCCCGGUGGACCAGAAGAAGCGUGGUGGGCUGACGCAGAUGAUGGGGAGCUACAUUGAUCAAGGCAUGACGUGGAAGGACAUUGCUUGGAUCAGGAGUGUCACCGAUCUUCCCAUUGUCCUCAAGGGCAUCACAACCGCUGCCGAUGCCAGACUGGCUGUGGAGCACGGCGUCGAAGGCAUCAUGUUGAGCAACCAUGGAGGUCGAAAUUUGGACUUUGCGCCGCCCAGCAUCCUGCUCCUCCUGGAGAUGCACAGGAACUGCCCAGAGGUGUUCGACAAGGUGGAGGUGUACGUUGACGGCGGGUAUAGAAGGGGAGGCGACAUCAUCAAGGCGCUGUGCCUGGGAGCCAAGGCUGUCGGCCUCGGAAGAUCUUUCCUAUACUCGAUGCAUUAUGGCACCGAGGGAGCGGAGCAUCUCGUCGAAUUACUCAAGGAGGAAAUGGAGAGCGUGAUGAAACUCCUUGGCAUCAAGGACCUGAGUGAAGUACACCCUGGCCUUGUGAACACGUCUGAUGUCGACCACUUGGUUGUUGCUGGGGAUGAGCACCCGUACGCCAAGUGGAGGCCCAAGGCGAGGAUGUAA